AUGUCUGCAAUACAGCACGAGAGCGCCGCAUCCGUGAUUCCGUGCUCCUCCUCGUUCUCUUCGGCCUCCACCGCUUCAACGGCGGCGCGCAGCUCACCCGUCUCCGACUAUGCGGUACCUGCCGAUACGGCGUCCUUCGAGGAAGCACCGCUUUCACUGUCGCGCCUUGAGAGGCACACCAGAAUCUUGGAGGAGGAGCGGCUGCACUAUGCGCAGCUGGGCCAGCGUGCGGCAGACGCCUUUGAGGCGCACCGGCGCGAGCUCACGCAGCUGGUGCAGAAGGAACGGGCCAUUCGCGGCCACCGCGAGGAUGUGCUGCGAGCUCAGCUGCAGGAGACGCUUCAAGCAAAUCGCGAACUUAUGGCGCGCGUCUCGGAACAGCGUCGACAGCGUGAGGAAGAGUGGGUUGCAGAGCUGCAGGGGCAUCGCGGCAGCAGCACGGGUCAAGACGAGUUGGAGUCGACGCUGCGGCAGCUGCACGAGGAGUGGGUAGAGCUGCGGCGUGAUGUGGCGGAGACGGAGGCAUCGCAUGAGGAGCACCGUCGAAGCCUCGCCGCCUGCUUGCGUGAUCAAGAGUCCCUGAGGAGUAGGGUGCGCUCCCUGCAGGAUGGGCUACGGGGCGCUGAGGCGGCGGUCGCAGCGGCGGAACAGCUCGAGGAGGUCGUGGCCGAUGGGCGAGGGCAAACGGGGUCAGCGCCAGCACCGGUCAAGAGUUCCAAGGAGAACUGGGUGAAAAAGCCGUCGUCGCGCACAUCUGUUGCGGCUUCGCCGCAGCUCACGCAGUACCCGCGCUGCUCGUACUGCGACAUGCCACCCAAAGUCUGGGAUGCGCCGUCGCCCACGCGUCGUGCCCCAUGCCGUCAUUUUGUGCCGAGCGGUCCGUGGGACGCCUGCAGCCCCUGUCGAGCCUCCUCGCCCUGCACCCACAACGUGGAGGCGAUGGUGGCGACCAUCGAGCGCGGGAACUACCUACGGCCUCGUCUGUACUACCACCGCGUGGGGUGUGAGCCAACUGACGUGGCCGGUGCCCCCGUGGCGGCAGCUUCACCGUAUCGGCAACGCCGCGGCGGUUUGAGCAGGGCGCGGCCACCACCGCCGCCUCCGGCUGCAUGCGCCUCGUCUUUCUGCGCGUCCGCGACGCCUCCGCGGACUGGAGACUACCGCCACCUGCACAACUGUCAACACUCGCCUGGGUUGUCGUCGUCAUCGACUUCGUCCUGUACUCGCACCCCGGACACACACACGACCACGGGGUCUUCGUCGUCAUUGUGCUCGUGCUCAGCCUGCGCGCCCGCCCCUGCAAGCGCCACAGUGAAGGAGAGCACGCCUUCGCCAUCCGCGCGGCAUCGCGACGAGCGCCGGCGCGAGGCCUCGCCGUACUGGCCACGGAGCCGCUGUUUUUCGCCCCGCACCCGAGGCGAGAGGCCCAGAGCAGACGCCCAGGCGAGCGCGGGCGUGCGUAUGCCUCCGCAUCACAGCGAACCCACCAUUGCAUCGAGUUCAUUGCCGGCUUUUCAUCGCGUACCAUUACCACCACCGCGGCCGGCCGCGGACGGCCUGCACGGAGCUGCUCUGAACGCCACUUGCCGUGCUCUCAUUACUGAUCUGGCUGAUAUGCGGGCCGAGUACCGACGCUGCCAACACCAGCUGCGCGACAUGCACGGGGAUUCUGUGGCAGCGAGUCAAGCGAUGCGCCGCCUAAUGCACGAAAUGGACAGCAAAGCAGCCCAGAUACACGCGCUGCGUCUGGAGCAGGGUCGCCACAACAACGCACUGCGAGUGCGGGAUGUGUUGCGGGAGGUUAUGGCAGAGAACCGCUACUGCGAGGCUGUGUACAGCGACCUGCUGGACCUGAUACGAACCUAA